AUGGGGUACAAAUGGGUACCAACUUCAAGUUUUGCAACGGAGACCAGUUCCCGGCUUUGCUUUGUGCAGUUCUGCCUCUCAGGUGGGGUGGUCAUUGGCAACCCGGCGGAGACCGAACCGCCUACCUACGAAGUGGAACAAGUUGGUCGCAAGCACAACGGCGAUCCCACAUAUCAGGCCGUGCUGAACAUAAAAGGCCAGGGAGGGCGAAUUCGAUCCCUGAGAGCUCCGCCGAGGGCAAACGAGGACGACGCAAAAGAUGACGGCGAGGAGAUGAAGGAUUGCUUCAUGAAGCAUGGCAUGCCCGGUCUGCGAGAACUUCAACAAAAGCAGCGCCGCAGUCGAAUCAGCUGA